CUCUCGUGUACAGACCGAUAAGCGCUUUAUUUGCGAGUCGCCAACGUCGUCGUCGUCAACGUAGACGCCAAAUAAACCAAAAUACAAUAAAACAAAUAUACAUAUGUAUUGGAACAAUCAACAAAUGCAAUUUCAAAUGUGAAAAUAUCAACUUACUGUUGGUUAAUAAUACAACAACAGCAACACAAAGUAUUGGGUAAUCCCCAGCAACAACAAAACAAACAACAACAAACAACAAACAAAAUAAAAAAGUUCGUGCAGCAUCAAAAAAGCGGCAGCAGAUUGCAUCCAUUUUGCUCUCUGACGCUUUGCAAGUGUAUGUGAGUGUGUGUUUGUGUGUGUGUGCGUUUCUCAGAGAGAAAGAAAGAAAAACUUUGUCGAGGAAAAAGUGAAACGACCGGCAGCGAAAGCAGCGUGAAAGCAAACCAAGCAAUAAAUAGAAUACGAAAAAAACACAAAUCAAACUACAUUUCAAAUUUGUUGUUUUCGAAUUGAAAAACAUAUCGGUUGCAUGUGGCAACAACAACAGCAAAGAGACUGUUUUGGUUUUUUUGUUGUUCAUUUCUUUGCGCAUUGAUUUCGUCGUGGCCAACAAGAGCCAGAGGAAGCAGCCACAAAUUGGAUUAUGCUUAGGCCCAAAGGCAAUAACAACACAUCAACAACCACAACAACAACGGCAACAAAGCAUGUGAAGCUGCCCCAAACGUUCGAUGAUGCUGCCACCUUGCAUCAUCAACAUCAUCUACAACAUCGCCUUGCAACCGUCCAAGCCUUGCAACUGCGUCUCGAUUACAAUCAGCAUUUGAAUCAACGUGUCACGCUUUGUCUGGAGCUUUAUCACAAGAACAUUAUCAAAAAACUCAGCGAGCUCAACAAAAUCAAUGUCUACAAAUUGAGUUAAACAACAACAAAAAUAACAAAAAAUAGAAAUCGAAAUCGAAAAACUGUCGUCAAUCAAAACCAAAACUGUGUGCAACAAGUUGUCAAAAGUGCAAGCAACAAAAAUAAAAAGCUCAAAGUGCAAA